AUGGCGAACCUCAAGCGACCUGAAUUGAAACUCGGCGGGAAUAUGUCAGAAAAUUUCAAGAACUUCGAACUCAGAUUCCACGACUACUGCAUCCAAGCAGACUACCGAAACUUAGCGAAAAACCCCGAGACAGAAAGAGCAGAUUACUACAAGAAACCGUUACUGGAAAUAUCAGCGCUCCGAUCGGCCAUGCCGGACGAAGCCUUGCAAGUGAUCCGUUACACAAUUGAACCCCAGAUAGCAGCUGAUGAUCAGAAAAAAACCAUGGAUCUGGAUGGACAAAUUACGACUUCAUUACACUGGAUCUAUCGGAAGCUCCCUAUUGGCGGACAGAUUUAA